AUGGCACCCGCUGCGCGAGAGCCCCCCGCGCCCAAGGCGAACGCGCAGCCAGUAUCACCUAGAUCCUCUGCCCGACCGUCUAGUCAGCUGUUCACCCGCCGCGCCACGGUUGCAGGACCCAGCACCAGUCAUAUUACGGACAGUUCGGAUCGAUCGAGCUCUCGGGAUGGACCGCUGGACGAGCCAGACCGUGGAGAAGCGCUUAUUCGACAACGAAUUCGCGAAAGGAAGCGUGAGAAGUGGCUCAAACAUCACGAUUACCAAACAGACGUGCCUCAUUCGUUCUUGUCUGACGGUGGCAAUAGCCAAGUGGCCCCGUCAUUUUCUACUCCUGCGCAUGUGGCAACUUCAUCAAUUCGCGAUCAUGGAAAGAGCCCUGAUGUGUCGCGCUGGGCUCAUUUACCUCGUUCAUCUGAUAGACUGCGCCCGGGCUUGGACGAUGAUCCCACGCUCCAGACACAUUCUGAUAUUUUCGGCACUGACACCGCUUUGAGUGUCGAAGACGAGGACAAAUAUGCGAAUGAGCAUGGCACCGAUGACGGUCAUCAUGAUGAUGGCGAUGGUGAAUAUUUCGAUGGCGAAGAUGACGACGACGAAGACCUUGAUUUCACAGUCAAAGACCGACAAGACGCACUAAACAUUGAGCAUCCAUUUGGUUUGCCAAUUUGGAAGCCAGCGUUGUACAAAAAGUCACGUUCGAUUCAGCGCACGGCUGAUAAUGCACUGAAAUGUACACCUGGAUUGCGUACGAGCCGGAGCUCAAUGUUGGGAAAUGUGGUUUGGUUGUUGUUAUUUGGCGUGUGGAUAAGUCUUAUCUGUUUCUUUCUCUCAACUCUUCUAUAUUGUGUGCCUCGCGGCGGUUUUAUGUAUGCACACACCUUGUAUGGACUUGGCACAUACAUCUUGUGGCCAUUCGGCAAUUAUAUCGAGGCUGAAUGCUCGCAUGCUGAUGGGCAUCGACACGGUCCAUGUCGGUUGCCGACGGUCCACGAGCAUGAGAUCAAGGACGAAGAGGACGAGAACCUCGAGCAUGUCGACACACAGCCUAACAGUGAGUGCUCGCCUCUUACUGCACAUGGUAACUCUGCUCUAUAUGGUGGUGUGCAAAAUGACGAGGAAGACGGGCAUUUGUCAGAAGAAGAACGAAUUUUGCAGGAACGCAAGCUUUAUCACUAUGUGUUCGACGAAAAUGGAAAUGAUAUAGGUGUGCCUUCGCGCAUUGGCGGUAUUAUCGCUUAUGGCCUCGUAUAUGGGCUUGUGCUGUUUCCUGUACUAGGCGUUGUGUGCGUGCUGUGCUGGGGACUAGUUGUCACGAUCCCGAUGGCCAAGCUUACGUGGGUGCUAAUAAAGAACUUGGCGUCCCAGCCUCUUGCGUUACAUUUCCGGUCACCACUUCAAAUCGACACGCGUGUCUUGAAAGUGAAAAACAGCAGCGAUGCCCAGAGUAUGCUCCACCCUGGACAUAUGGCACCCUUGCUGAAGCGCAAGCAUCGGAAGAAGGGUACAUCGAAGCGACGAAGUGUGAUUUUGGUGUGUUCGUACCGUGCUAUGGGGCUAGAGUACUUCAAGUACACAGUCGGUGGCGUCAAUAUCGUAUUUAUUAACACAAUUCCAUUCAUAUUCCUGACACAAGUUAUGUUCUAUGUCUUGCGGCCAUAUUGCCGAUCGCACGGCAUCACAUCUGGGCUUUGGGCAACGCUCUCGAACGAUGCGCUGAUCUUCAUCAUGUCGCUUGCGAGUGUGCUACCGCUCUCGUACUUUAUUGGAAUGGCCGUGGCGAGUAUCAGCACACAGAGCAGUAUCGGAAUGGGAGCGGUAAUCAAUGCGACAUUCGGCUCAAUCAUUGAGCUGAUUCUCUAUAGCAUUGCUUUGACGGACGGCAAGGCAAGUCUGGUCGAGGGCUCAAUUAUUGGAUCGAUAUUGGCUGCAGUGCUAUUGAUGCCUGGUUUGAGUAUGUGCUCAGGAGCCACGCGACUCAAAGAGCAAUCGUUUAAUUCGCGCUCUGCAGGAGUAACAAGCACUAUGUUGAUCAUGGCGAUCAUCGGCAUAUUGACCCCAACGAUCUUUUAUCAAAUCUAUGGCAAGUUUGAGCUUGAUUGUUCGGGCUGCCCUGAUGAUGUUACAGACGUUAAGGAUCGUUUCAGAUGCGAGAAAUGCUCAUAUGAGCACAUCUCACCCUUGGCUGACCCGUUUUUUCAGACUAAUGUCAAAGGAUUGAUCUAUGCGUGCGCUGUGAUCCUUCUUUUAGCGUAUGCGAUCGGCCUGUGGUUCUCGCUCCGUACUCAUGCGUCACAGAUCUGGAAUAGUACGCCAAAUAUUAUGCAGCCGGAACCGUUGCCUCCUCCUCUGCACCGGGCAUCCGUGUAUAAGCGCCUGUUUCCUCCUCAUGAAGAUGCAGCGCACCUGCCCCUUCAUCACGAUGGACAGAACCACACGGAGCAAGAUGAGUCGUCCUCGCGCGUUGAGAAUCAAACGGCUAAUCACACCAGUAUCCCCGCUACCGAUGGCUCGCAUGGUGGCUCUAGCGAGACGCAAGUCCACAAGUCUAGUAAACCGAGACCUUCUGACGACAUUUUGCUCGAUGCGGCUGCGCGAAUGUAUCAGUACCUAUUCAAUCAACACAAGGUGGAUGAUCCUGUUCAGGGCAACGAGGAUCACCUUCAUGCUCAACAGCCGGAUGCCAAUGGUAAUGGGGUAAGUCAAGGUGGACAUGAUGCUCCCUCUUGGAACCGCUCUACUUCACUAAGCGUGCUCCUGGGAUGUACCGUCAUGUAUGCGAUCAUUGCUGAGAUCAUUGUGGAUCUGGUGGAUGUCGUGAUCGAUGGUUCUGGCUUGUCUCCCAAGUUUAUUGGUGUCACACUGUUUGCACUUGUGCCGAACACGACGGAAUUUAUGAACGCCAUGAGCUUUGCAAUGAACGGCAAUAUCGCGCUCUCCCUGGAAAUUGGCUCUGCAUAUGCAUUGCAGGUGUGCUUGAUCCAGAUUCCCGUGCUUGUCGGGUUCAGUGCCAUCUACAACUCUUCAUACAAGCAGCCUAUUGGUGACAUGGCUUUGCAUUCUUUCACACUAAUUUUUCCUCGCUGGGACAUUAUUUCCAUCUUGUUCUCAAUCUUCCUGCUCACAUACACUUAUAACGAGGCACGGAGCAACUACCACCGCGGCAGCGUUCUGAUUUUGGCCUAUUUGGUGCUAAUUGUCGGCUUUUUCUACGCGCCCAGCGUCGACUUGGAUGACCCUGCUCAAGAGAAAGGCAGGCGCGUUUUCGCUUUGUAA